AUGAACCGUGAUGAGCGUAAGGUAAAACGAUUGAUUGUGCGUCGGAACACUAUCACUGGUUCCAUAAAUUUGGUUAAAACCUUUUAUGAAAAUUAUAAUUCUGAGCGGGAUUUUCCACAACUGAGAUUCCGUUUGGAAAAAUUAGAUGAGCUUUAUCGGGAAUUUAAUGAAAUUCAAAGUGAGAUCGAGGCCAAAGAAGAAUUUCCUGAGGAAUUUUCAGAAACACGUGCCAAUGUCGGAAAUGAUUAUUUCAUGCUCAAAGGUAAUUUGGCGGCAAAAUUAGACGCCAUUGCUCCCAACAAUUCAUCGCAAUCCCCCUUAGCUCCACCUGCACAUGUUCCCUCUGUCCGUCUCCCUGAGAUAAAAAUUCCGGAAUUAAGUGGAAAUUUCGAUGAGUGGAUGAAUUUUCACGAUUUGUUCACCACCCUCAUUCAUGUGAACCUGCAACUUUCGUCCAUACAAAAAUUUCAAUAUUUGAAGGCAGUUCUCAAGGGAGAAGCUCUCAGGCUUAUCGAAUCGUUGGAAGUCUCUGCGACUAACUACACUAUCGCGUGGGAUCUGUUAAAUAAACGGUACGAUAAUAGAAAUCUGCAAAUUAAGCAACAUUUUUCGGCACUUUUAUCCACACCUUCUGUUCGGAAAGAAUCUUCAUCAGCCCUCGCCAAUUUGGUUGAUGAAUUCGGUAAACACGUGAGCGUUCUUAACAAAUUAGAAGAUCCGAAGGAUCAUUGGAAUUCUUUCCUUGUCGAAACUCUGAGCAGCAAAUUAGAUCCAGUUUCACAGAAGGAGUGGGAAAAUCAAUUGUGUGACGACAUUCGACCAUCCUACGAAUCGUUAGUCACUUUUAUACAAAAGCGUUAUCGAAUUUUGCAAUCACUAAUGCUCUCCCAACCAUCGCUACCUAGUGCAAAAUUUGAAUCCAAAAUCGAAUCAAAAUCUUCUCGAAACAAAAUAUCGAUUUAUCACUCUGCCAAUAGUGAUCUGCCGAAAUGCAUCUUAUGCAAACAAGCGCACCUUUUGAUGCAGUGCGACGAGUUCAAAAGGCAAACACCUCAAAAACGUUUCGAGAUCGCCAAAAGACAUGGUCUUUGCCUCAAUUGCCUAAAAUCGUCGCAUUUGAUGAAAAAUUGUACUUCUGGAUCGUGUCGAACAUGCAACAGGAAACAUCACACCUUGUUGCACCUAAACUCAUUCAAACCAUCGUCCAUUCACGAUGAUGAGCAAAAUACUAUCGCUGCACAAAUUGCGCUAUCUUAUUCACACUCACAAUCGGCACCGGUCGUCGAUCCUUCGUCGUCGGUUACGUGCAUUGCCGAUCAAUAUCACGUGCUUCCUCGGGUACAGGGAGUGCCCUCGUCGUCGGUUGGGCCUAGUAAACAUUCGUCGUCUUUCGUUCCCUCGUCGGAUGGGCAUCCGUCAGGUUCGGCUCAAAACACAACACAUGUGACCAAUUGCCAUACACAAUCAUUUUUCUCAAAACCAUCCCAAUCAGCUGUUUUCAUGCUGACUGCAUACGUUAAGGUCAAGGACCUCGCAGGCAACUUUUUACACGCUCGUGCCUUGCUUGACUGUGCUUCCGAAGCCAACUUCGUUUCCGAACAUUUGGCACAACAGCUUCGCUUGAAACGUACACCAGCAAACGUCGAUGUGUUCAGCCAGUCAGUCCAAAGAGUAAAAGAUCAAGUCCCGAUCACCAUUGCCUCUCGAUCCGGCAAAUUUGUCACAAGCAUGGAAUUUUUCGUGUUGCCAGCCUUGACUAGAGUUCUUCCAUCUACAAACGUAGACAUUUCGAAGUGGGUAAUCCCUCGCAACCUUCCCCUUGCAGACCCCAAGUUUAAUAUUGCACACGACGUUGACCUUAUCAUUGGAAUCAAAUCAUUCUUCUCCAUCUUAGAGAAUGAUCAGAUAUCGCUUGGCCAAGGUUUUCCAAUUCUACGAAAAACUGUUUUUGGGUACGUCGUCGCGGGUGAAACAAACGCACAACCAAAAAGUCCCGCCGUGGUCUGCAAUGUUUCGUCCAUCGAUAAUCUGGACUCUACAAUUCAAAAAUUUUGGGAAGUGGAAAGUUUCGAGAAAGGCAAAUCUUUAAGUUUGGAAGAACAAUAUUGCGAGACGCAUUUCUUGAAAACCCACUUCAGAGCACCUGACGGACGGUACGUGGUUCGUUUGCCGAUUCGUGAGGAAAUGUUGCAUGCCUUGGGAGAAUCUUUCCCGAUAGCAAAUCGCAGAUUUCUUAGUACCGAGAGGAAGUUGGGCUCAAAUGAUAAUCUUCGAGCGGAUUAUUUAGAAUUCAUGACUGAAUAUGAAAAUCUCGGUCAUAUGGAACCUGUCAAGCCCGAUCUCACAAAGCCCCACUACUACCUUCCUCACCACGCCAUCCAACGUCCCGAAAGCACAACAACAAAAACUCGCGUCGUGUUCGAUGCGUCUUGCCGAGCAGCAAACAACAUUUCGCUAAACGACAUCUGCUACAUCGGUCCCACCGUACAACCUUCGUUGAUUUCCACACUCAUCAACUUUCGUUUGCCAAAAUACGCCGUCAAAUGUACCGGCAAUGUCGUGUAA